GCUUCCGGGUGGCAGAGGAGGAGGAAGAAGAGGAAGAGGAGGAUGGCUUCGUACUUCGAGGAGCACGACUGCGACCCCGGCGGUUCCUCCUCCUCCUCCUCUUCCUCGGGGCCCCCUUCGGUGCAGCUCCGCCACCAGCAGCUCAUGCAGCUCGCCAGGUCCCUCUUCAACGGCCUGGAGAUCGACCUGGGCUCCCUGGAGAGCGGAGACUGGGAGCACCGGCUGCCCCCUCCUGCCGCCAAAAAGGCCGUGGACGCCCUCCCUUCGGUGCGGGUCACCCCUUCGCAAGCAGACAAAAGCCCAAAGUGCCCAGUCUGCCUGCUGGAGUUUGAGGAGGAGGAGACGGUCCGGAAGAUGCCCUGCCAGCACCUCUUCCACUCAGGCUGCCUCCUGCCCUGGCUUGGGAAGACAAAUUCUUGCCCGCUCUGCCGCCAUGAGCUGCCCACAGACGACGAGGAAUACGAAGAGUACAAGAAGGACAAGUUGCGGAAGCAACAGCAGGCCCACCGGCUGGAGUACCUCCAUGGUGCCAUGUACACGUGACGAGGCGGCUCCCUCUCCGCCCUCCUUUCCCUUUCUCUCAGCUGCUGGAUCCCUGCCUGCUGCCUUCCUCUGGCCCAGGGGCACCCUCCGCUGCAGCCUUUCCAUGAUUGCCUGGGGCCAGGAUGCCCCAGGGAGGACCAAGAGGCAUGGCGUCCCUCCUUUGCCCUGCUCCACCAAGAGCUGGUGAUGAAAUAAAUAUUCUCCAGUUUAUUAACCUGGGA